CUUGCAACAGGUGCCAUUGAAGCGUCAUAGCAUUUCACAAAGCUCCCAAGUAGAAUUUAACAUUUUUCUUUCAAUUUUCUUUCAAUUCAAAAGUUGAACCAUGGAUAAGAGCAACAUCAACCAUCAGCACGUAAUAACUACUGCUCCGACACAUAUGCCAUCCGUGAUUAAUGUGACCACCAAUUCGCCACCACCAGUGGGUCCAAAACCCGUUGAUAUUAACUGUCCCUAUUGUCACUGUCGGAUUACGACUCGCAUUGAACAUAACGCGACAACUAAAACCCACAUUGUAGCUGUGAUACUCGGGUGCACCAUAUGUUGUUGUUGUUUGCCCUAUUGCAUAGAUUCGUGUCGCAACGCUAACCACUUUUGCCCUUCUUGUGGGGCCUACAUUGGCACCUAUGGUUCAUAAGUUGCGUUUAUCGAAGUUUAAAGCCUGACAUAAGGAUUGCUGCAAUAAGUACGAUCAUAAAUCUUACGAACAAACCCAAAAUGAAACACUAAUAAAACAAGUCUAAU